GCUACGAAUGUAAACAAUGGAGACCCUUCGUCUUGUCACUUUUGUCUUAUUUGCCCUCAACGAGUGUGUUUUUUCCUUCGAUAUUACUGGCGGUUUCUUUGGUAGGCAGCCAAAGCAUCCAAAUCUCCGCUACUAUGAAGUCAUUGAUUCCACAGCCUUCAAUCACCACGUUGUAAAGCGAGGAAUUAAAGAGAGCAAUCAUCGCUUCAAUAAAAUAAAAGAAGUCCAAUUCAGUGCAUUAGGAAGGGAUUUCCGUUUGAUUCUCAAUCCCCGGAAAGGACUUCUUCACUCACAAUUCAAAGCAUAUGCUAUAGAUGGUGCAGGAAACGAGAAGAUUAUUCAUGUGGACCAUGAGAACUUUUAUGAAGGCCGUGUGUUUGGUGAGAAGAUGUCAGAAGUGUCAGCCCACCUGGAGGAUGGAGUCAUGACAGCAACCAUACACACUCCUGAUGACACAUACCAUGUAGAGCCUUCAUGGAGACAUAUACCAGAUGCCAAAGAUGAUUCAAUGAUCGUGUACCGAGGAUCAGAUGUGAAGUACAGCUGGGAAGACAACCAUCCAACUCUCAAAGGACAUAAAAUGUGUGAUUACGUCAAGGAGGGAAAUGAAACAACAGAGAUGGACGAUGAAGAAGAAUGGAUAGAAGGUUAUGAGCCUCCAAUCGGAAGCAUUCCUGAGACUCUGCCUGAGGAGCACAGCUCCAAAAGGAGAGUCAAGAGACAACAGGCAGAGCCUUACAACUUCAAUGGGGACAAGACACGAUGUCCACUGUUACUAGUGGCUGAUUAUCGCUUCUUCAGGGAAAUGGGUGGCUCUAACUACAAGACCACAGUCAACUACCUGAUCAACCUCAUUGAUCGUGUGGACAAAAUCUACGAGAACACUGUUUGGAAGGAUGGGGUAGACACAGCAGAUUUUUCUGGCAUGGGCUUUGUCAUUAAAAAGAUUUUAGUGCAUCAGGAAUGGUCACCUGUUGGUUCCAACCAAGUUCACUAUAAUAUGGAACGCAGCUCAUGGGAUGUGCGUAACCUCUUGGAGGUGUUUAGCCGAGAGUACUCUCAUAAGGAUUACUGCUUGGCACAUCUCUUCACCGACAUUAAGUUUGAAGGGGGAAUCUUGGGCCUUGCUUAUGUAGGAUCUCCUCGCAGGAACUCAGUUGGUGGAAUCUGCACUCCAGAAUACUUUAAGAAUGGACACACUCUCUACCUGAAUUCCGGCCUGAGUUCAUCCAGGAACCACUAUGGGCAGAGAGUGAUCACUCGUGAGGCAGAUCUUGUCACAGCACACGAGUUUGGACACAACUGGGGCUCAGAGCAUGACCCAGACCGACCAGAGUGCAGUCCCAGUGCCAGUCAAGGAGGAUCAUAUCUCAUGUACACAUAUUCUGUGUCUGGUUAUGACAUUAACAACAAGAGGUUCUCCCCAUGCAGUCUGAGAGCAAUCCGUGCUGUCUUAGUAGCCAAGUCCUCUCGUUGCUUCACUGAGCCAGAAGAGAGUUACUGCGGCAACCAGCGUGUAGAAGGCCAAGAACAAUGUGAUGCAGGACUAGUAGGUCAGGAUGAUGUAGACUUGUGUUGUGACAAGCACUGCAAACUGAGGGAUGGGGCAACCUGCAGUGAUCGUAACUCGCCCUGCUGCCAUGGCUGCCAAUACAUGAGUCAGGGCGUAAAGUGUAGGGAGCAACAGCCGGCCACAUGUGAGAAUGAGUCCAGGUGUCUAGGCACUACAGCAGUCUGCCCCAAAGCCAAACCCAUGGAUGAUGGCACUCCAUGUAUUGAGAAGGGCCAGUGCCACCAGGGAUCCUGCCUUCCAUACUGUGAGACGCAAGAGAUGCAGAGCUGCAUGUGUGAUACCAUUGAUGACGCUUGUAAAAGGUGCUGCCGCAAGACAUUAAAUGACACCUGCUUCCCUGUCAUGCCCUUGGAUAUUCUCCCAGAUGGAACUCCUUGUAUUCAUGGGUUUUGUAACAAGGGGAAGUGUGAGAAGACAGUGCAGGAUGUUGUAGAACGUUUCUGGGACAUCAUAGAGGACAUUAAUAUUAACACUGUACUGAUGUUCUUGCGGGACAACAUAGUAGGGACAGUCAUCAUAAUCUCUGUCAUCAUCUGGGUUCCAGCAUCAUGCAUUUUCAGUUAUGUUGAUCGCCGUCGACAAGAGGACUACUGCAAAUAUGUCCGUUGGUAUUAUAGCAAUGAGCUUAUUCACCCUACUGACAGUGUUCGCAUUAUAGACAGCAAACGCACACGGAUACAUGAGCCUGGCCGUGUCCAAGAUACUGCUAACCGUGUGCUAGAGUCUGGUGGGCGUCCACAUGACCCAGGGACACGAGCACAUGACACGAGAGAUCCUCCUGAAGGUGCAGAAAGCCGCCAGAAUCUUAACACUCCUCAAUGCCCUCCAGUGUCACAGCACUACACAAGUGCCAUGUAGUUGUGUGACUGUGGAUUUCGUUCAGAGAAAUGGUGAUAUUAUUUUUUAAUCCAGAAGAAUUCUUUUGGAAAGAAUGUAGGAACUAUUUCAUGUGACUGCCAAUUUUACACUUUUAGAUUUAACAGUUCCUGGAGUAGUCCAUAUCACAUCAGAUCUUUUUGAUAAAUCUGUAUAUACAAAAAGCAUUUGAGAACAGCAGUCACAGUCUGAAGAAUCAGCAAGACCCAGAUAUUUUUUAACUUUUGAAAAUUGAUAGACUUUCAGUGUAGAUUAGUGGGAAGCACCAACAGCUGACACAUGAAUAUCCAUUGUGUUGGAGUAGCUGACAGUAGUGUAGAUGAUAAUUAGAAAGGCAUUAGGUCACUAUCAGGGAUCUCAUAGUAGCCUUGGUGUUUGGAGUAUGGAGUGAACUAUGUCAUUGAGGAAAUGUUUGUUAAAGUAUUUUGUUCAUGGUUACUAUCAGUAUUUAUAAUGAUCGUGCAAACCAAAGUUUCACUCACAUCAUUGAUCUCAGUAUUUACCAAAGAAUUGAUAUUUUUUACACUCUUUUAAAGUUACACAAACCAAUAUAUACUUAUAACUGAUAUUGUAAGAAACAUAUAAAUAGAUAACUUAAUUAAUAACAAAUAUUUUACUUCAGAAACAUUGUAACACUUAGCACACACCCAGACAUUUCAUAAUAACAUUCCAGACAUUCUAAGUAUUAAGGCAUUAUAAUUCAUAUUUCAGGAAGUUCUGUGGUUGUGACAUUUCUUUAAUUUGUUAGAAAACCUUUUAGAAAACUUCAUUAGGAAUGAAAUUAUGUGGAAUACAACUAGGUAGUUGUUUGAUUUCUAAGGAUUCUUGUCCUUUAUAUUGUUAUGAAACUUUUUAUAUUUAUUGCCCUUUGGCGAUAUCACUUGUUUCUUGGUAGAAUUAUUAAACAAUGUUAAGGUAAGCUUUUAUCCAUUAUUAAGAUAAUAUGUAACAUGUAGACAUCUUCAGCUAAGAGGCAGUUACAGUAAGUAUAGGAUUUUGGUUGGUCUAAUUUUAAGGUUUAUUGUUUUAUAGUUAUAUAUCAGAAUAGUAAAUGAGGUUUUCAGUUUGAAAAUA